AUGGCGAACAAAGAAGACGUCGAAUUUCCAAUAUACCCUGAUCUAAAAGACAAGGUGGUAUUUUUAACGGGCAUUGGCCAGACGGGGGAUCCUAGCAUGUGGGGGAAUGGAGCGGCCGUGGCUCGGAUCCUCUCGCACAAUGGGGCCAAGAUCUUUGGCUGCGAUCUUAACCUUGAGGCUGCUCAGCAUACUGAGAACCGCAUCAGAGCCGAAGGGGGCAACAUCACCGUCAUUUCGGCGGAUGUGACCAAGGACACGUCUGUCAAGGCCACAGUUGACACCUGCAUAGCCAAAUACGGCCGCAUAGAUAUCUUGAUUAACAAUGUCGGUCGGUCUGAACCCGGUGGCCCAAGCGAGAUGUCAGAGAAGAUAUGGGAUGCGCAGACAGACGUCAAUCUCAAGUCCGUGUACCUCUGCUGCCAUCAUGUCCUGCCUCUGAUGGAGAAGCAGCGCAGCGGCACUGUGGUCAAUGUAGCCUCAGUCGCAGCUCUGCGCUACAUUGGAAAGCCACAAGCCACGGCGGUGCUAUACGCCCGAAAGGGUAUACGCUUAAAUGUGGUUGUACCUGGCCUCAUGAAUACGCCUCUCGUUGGCAUGCUGGCUGACAAGUAUGCUGGUGGCGAUUUGGAGGGCUUCAAGGCUAAGCGCAAUAAAGCUGUCCCUAUGGGCAAGAUGGGCGAAUCUAUCGACGUAGCCAUGACUUCAGCCUUUUUGGCGUCGCAGCAAUCGAGAUAUAUCACUGGCCAGAAGAUUGUCGUGGAUGGCGGACUUACGUCAUCAGCUGGCUAA